AUGAUUCAAGCAAGAAUCAAGUUGCCAUCAUCUUUCACGACGGCUAUGCGUAUCGCCAGGGUUGAAGAGGUGAUGAAAGACAUGCUCCUCGAGGGGUCGCAGUCAUCACGUAUUGGUGUGCCAGGUAUCGUUAAAGGGAUCUCAGGAGGCGAAAUGAAGCGACUCGCAUUCGCAUCGGAGAUGCUCAGUAACCCACCGAUACUGUUUUGUGAUGAGCCCACCAGUGGUUUGGAUUCCUACAUGGCCGAGCUCGUGGUCACAAGACUGGAGUCGUUGGCUGGUGAUCGAGGAAAAACAAUUAUUUGCACCAUCAAGCAACCUUCAUCGGAAGUUGUGUUCCUCGCCCAAGGCCGUGUGGCAUUUCACGGCGCACCAGAUGAGGCGAUUACGUUCUUCGCUAAGUGCGGAUUCAUGCUUCCGGACCACACCAAUCCAGCGGAUCACUUCACAGACGUAACGCGAAUUUCAUACUCAUGCCAAGAAAGCAUUCUAAGGGCG